AUGAAAGAUUCGCGAUUGGGAGUUUAUUUGAUCCAAAAUGAAAUUGGUCGCGGCGCGACAAGCCGAGUACACACAGCAAUCAACACUAUCACUAAUAAAAAACUUUGCGUUAAAAUUUUAGAAAAAUCAUCAUUAGAAACUGCUGAAGACUUUGAGUUUUUUAGACGAGAAGUCGCGAUUAUUUCUUCUCUCGCCCACAAGAAUAUUGUUCGAUACCAUGAUCUUAUGGAAGAUGAAUGUUAUUAUUAUCUUUUUCAAGAAUUUUGUCCAGGGGUUACACUUACAAAAUUUUUAGAAAAGAAUAAUUUACUAUCAGACAGAUUGCUGCAGUUAAUUUUUCGGCAAAUAUUUUCUGCACUAGCUUAUAUGCACAAAUUGCACGUUGGUCAUCGUGACUUAAAACCGGAUAAUAUAUUAAUUGACCAAGAAUGCAAUAUAAAGAUUGUCGAUUUCGGUUUAUCUACAGAUGAUAACACAAAAUUAAGAACUACUUUUUGUGGUUCCCUUGCAUUUGCUCCACCGGAAUGCAUCAAAAGGGAACCUUAUAACGCUGCUCAGGCCGAUAUUUGGUCUCUUGGCGUUAUGCUUUAUAUGGCAGCUACAGGAAAGUUGCCGUGGAGAACAACUAAUCUUGUUCAAAUAAUGAAACAAAUUACAUCUGGUAAUUUUAGUAUUCCAUGUAAUGUUUCAAAUAACGUUCGUAAUAUCAUAAUGAUGUGUAUGAAUCAGAAUCCAUCUCAGCGCCCAACGGCUGAUGAACUCCUUACUUAUCCAAUAGUUCCUCUAAAUGGUGUUCAGAGACCACAGCAUGGUACAUCUCAUUCUCCAAGGAAUAAGCAAUUAGUCAUAGCUAGAACGGCAUCUAACCCCUCAUUUUCUAUUAAUAAUUCUAGCUCAUCUUGUCCGGUGAAACCGCCAACGCCCGAAACUCCAAGGUCUUCUCAUAGAAGAAUUAGACCAAGAUCAAAUUCAAUUGGAGAUUUGGCAACAUGCGUUCCUAAUACACCAUCGAGUUCGAUCCUGACUUUCAUAUAA